AUGGGUGGCCAAACGUCGCGCAUGCUGCGCUCGAUCGUCGAGGACUCGACGUACAUCAUCCGGCAGACGAACCACAAGACGUACCAGCGCAGUCGGGCAGCACAUGAAGAGGUCCAGUCCAAGCUCGAGGAUCUCCAGCGUCUCAAGCUCGAGAUGCUGCAGUCUGCUGAGCGCGACGCGCAGCGCUCCCAAGUCUUUGAGUCGUUUGAAAACACGGUGGAGAAGCACAAACUGGCGCUCGAUGAGCAGACGGAGGAAUUUAUCAAGCAGUUUGAGCUCCCCGAGAGCUGCCACAAGAUCGCUCAUGUUCAUCGCCAUGACAUGCACGAGACCAAGCAACAGGCAGAGAAAGAAGCUCCAUAUGGAGUGCUGCACACGAAGGAAGAUUGA